AUGUCAGCAGAAACAAGUAUCAAUGACUGGCAGCGCUCCUUUGAGAAGGAGAUUGAUUUGCUCCGUCUUGCCUCUACGGAAGGAAAUGCUCCGCUCGUGACAAUUUACCAGGAGAAAACACCCCAGAUGAUCACAACUGAGGCCGCUUUCUCUUACAUUAAUUCUACGGCUAUGGAUAUAUCUACAAUAUAUGAAGUUUCAGAUGUCUACGCACAGCUAAAAGAAAAACUUGACACCGCAAUCAAAGAGACUGAGGCUGACUGUUCUGCCAUCCACAAAUCCAUGCAGCGCUUCAAGGAAACAAAGAGCGAUGCUACCGAAAGAGUGUGGGAAAUGUUUCUCACUGAGGAAGUCGAAAAGCAGAAGGCGGCGAGCAACAAACGAUGGGAUGAUCUCAAAUGUUUUGGUGUGGAGAAGAUAAAAAAACUACCAGAAGUCUCUCGACCAGAUGCAGCAAAGAUCUAUUGCAUGGGUCUAUCUGUCUGUGGCAAGUUGGCUAGCCAAGUCAUCAAUUGGCUCAAGGAUCGCAUGGUCAGGAUCCAUGAACUCCCUUCAAAGGCUGGGGAAAAGAUCGCGGAAUUCGGUCAAAGGUAUACAGGAUGGAUCAAUGCUGCUUUUAGCACUGUCACUGGCGCCUUUGGCAGCAUAUUUGCCAAUUAUGCAGCUGUAAAUUGUGUUCAAAAUGAUCAACUUGGCGGAUCGAGAGUUGUCAGUCCAGAUCGUGACUCUGUAUCAGGCGUCACUCUUGAGCAAGCCAAGUAA